AUAAACUUCAGAGCACAUCUGAUCUCCUCCUCUUGGGUAGAUGCUUCAGGAGAGGACCAGGCUGUUCUUGGCUGGGAUUGCAUUGCAAGCCCUCAUCUCUUGGUACGAAUUCUCCUGAGAAUCGUCUUUCACAGAGUGCUUGGAAGGUCUUUCUCCAGUGUAACUCGGAGUCUGAAGAUCCAUGCGGCUGUCCUCGUCCUCUUGAGGAAACCGCAGUCUCCCUCUCAAGACCUCUGUUUUGAGCUUUGCUUUGGGAAACAUCCUGCAGGGACCUGUUGGGACACCACUUCCUAGUGUCCCACUCUUGCCAUGGAGGUGAAGAGCUUCGCAGCUUGGGACUAUGUUGUAUUCGCAGCCCUUUUUGUCAUUUCCUCUGGAAUUGGGGUGUUCUUUGCCAUUAAGGAGAGGAAAAAGGCAACAUCUAAGCAGUUCCUGGUAGGGGGCAGGGAAAUGUCCUUCGGGCCUGUCGCCUUGUCCCUGACAGCCAGCUUCAUGUCAGCAGUCACUGUCUUGGGGACCCCUUCCGAGGUCUACCGCUUCGGGGCCUCCUUCAUCCUCUUCUUCAUUGCGUACACAUUGGUUAUCAUCUUCACAUCGGAGCUCUUUCUCCCUGUGUUCUACAGAUCUGGCAUCACCAGCACCUAUGAGUACCUACAGCUACGCUUCAACAAAGCAGUUCGCUACACAGCGACCCUCAUCUAUAUUGUGCAGACGAUUCUUUACACGGGAGUGGUGGUGUAUGCACCGGCCCUCGCACUCAAUCAAGUGACUGGCUUUGACCUGUGGGGUUCUGUGUUUGCCACGGGGAUCGUGUGCACUUUCUACUGCACCCUGGGAGGAUUAAAAGCAGUGGUGUGGACAGAUGCCUUUCAGAUGAUGGUCAUGAUUGUGGGCUUCUUAACAGUUCUCAUUCAAGGAUCCAUUAAAGCUGGUGGAUUCCACAAUGUGUUAGAGCAAGCAGCAAAUGGAUCCCGACUACAUAUAGUUGAUUUCGAUGUAGAUCCUCUCCGGAGGCAUACUUUUUGGACCAUCUCUGUUGGAGGAACUUUUACAUGGCUUGGCAUCUAUGGAGUUAAUCAAUCAACCAUCCAGAGGUGCAUCUCUUGCAAAACAGAAAAGCAUGCUAAGCUCGCCUUGUACUUUAACCUGCUGGGCCUCUGGAUCAUUCUGCUGUGUGCAGUCUUCUCUGGGUUAAUCAUGUAUUCCCACUUCAAAGACUGCGACCCUUGGACUUCCGGCAUGAUCUCCGCACCAGACCAGCUGAUACCAUAUUUUAUCAUGGAGAUAUUUGACACAAUGCCAGGACUUCCAGGACUUUUUGUAGCCUGUGCUUUUAGUGGAACUCUGAGCACCGUGGCCGCCAGCAUCAAUGCCUUAGCGACUGUGACCUUUGAGGACUUUGUCAAGAGCUGCUUUCCGCGCCUUUCAGACAAGAUGAGCACCUGGACCAGUAAAGGCUUAUGUCUCCUGUUCGGCAUUCUGUGCACCUCCAUGGCCGUGGCAGCCUCCCUCCUAGGGGGUGUCGUACAGGCUUCCCUCAGCAUCCACGGCAUGUGUGGGGGACCGAUGCUGGGCUUGUUCUCCCUGGGACUCGUGUUCCCGUUUGUGAACUGGAAGGGCGCACUGGGUGGCCUCCUCACCGGAAUCACACUGUCCUUCUGGGUGGCCAUAGGGGCCUUUGUUUACCCUGCGCCAGACUCCAAGACUCGGCCUCUGCCUUUAUCGACAGAGCAGUGUGUCCCGACAAACAUGACCACAUCAGCACCUGCGGUGCUAGCCAGCAGGCCCGAGCUGGCUGACACCUGGUACUCGCUCUCCUACCUGUACUACAGCGCAGUGGGCUGUGUUGGGUGCAUUCUUGCUGGACUGCUCAUCAGCUUCGUGACAGGUCUCCAGACAGGUGAAGAUAUCAACCCACUCUUAAUUAGACCAGUGUGCAAUUUAUUUUGCUUUUGGUCUGAGAAAUACAAAACUCUGUGCUGGUGUGGAGUGCAGCACGACUGCUGGCCCGAGCAGGAUAACUGUGAGAAUGGCAGUACCUGGAAACAUGGGGCAGAAUCUGUGCUCCACAAUGGACUCAGGGGAGAAAGCCUGGCCCAUGCACCAGGGUACAAUCCCAAGGACAAAAGCUACGACCAUACGGCGCUGGAGAAGAUAACCCAUUUCUAGGACAAUGCACGCAUCGGUGUGCACACUCACGCACACGCCGCACAUAGCUCUCUUGCCUACUGUUAGUAGACUUGUCCAGUGGUCAUGGUUAGGAGGCAGAUUGUUCAAUAACUAUUUAAAUACUUACUUAUCCAAAUAAAAUGCCGCUUUCCCGGGAUCGUCUUUGGAAAGCCCCACAUUCCAGGUGAGAAAAAUCAGCCCAGCCUUAAGGGCCUGAUGACUUCCUUCUCGAAUAAAUCAGGACUGGACUUAAUCAGUCAGAGUCAAAAUCUCUUGUUUUGUGAUAGGAUGAACCAUUCAUUUGGUGUUUGUGGGGUUUUUGUUUUUUGCUUUUGUUUUGGUGCCCGAAAUAAGCACUUGCUCUACCUCUGAGCUCUACUCCAGUUCCUAUUUUGUAGUUUUAACCAUCACAGUAUCUUGAGGUUCAGAUGCAGAAAAGGCCACUCUUGAUAAAGGGGCGUGACCUCUCUGGCCUCGGCUCCCACGUGUGCGUGAGCAUGGUCGCACAAUGUGUUGUGCCCGCCCCACGUUGGAGCCCCCGCUGAGACCCUGAACUGCGGUAAUUGAGCUCCCACGGCCACCGUUGAGUCCUCCCCGAGUCCUCCCUGAGUCCUUGCUCUUGGAGCUGUGUGGAUCAAAUCUUAGAGACAGUUCCAGCCCGCACAGAGAGAGCCUGGUGUCUGACCACAGGCAGCAGCUACACCUCAGUACUCUGUUCCCUUAGUGCCGCCAGAGCAGCUUUUCUUCCUUCUUCCUAUCAUAUUCCUCUGCUUAAGAUGAAGUCCAGAGUCUUUGACGAAGUCUGGGUAGAGAGGAAAGGAAUGUCCUACAGAUCGCUGUUUGGACAGCAUUGUGUGUGAGGAUCUUGCAAGUAGCUUUUAAUCCACGGGAAAUUUUUCGGCUUCUUUGAGACAAAAUGCUUCAUGCCCAGGACUUAUGCUCUGGUCUCUGAGGCCACACUUGCGAGCUGACUCCUUCCUUCCAUCAGAAGUAAGGACCUCGAGCUGUGGGAAAGAGAGCUGAGGUUGAAGAGGAAGAUGGCCUUACAGAUGGGAAGAUGGGGGAGAAAUGAAGGGGCAGGGAAAUCUUCAGGGAAGAAGCAGAGAAAUGAAAUUGACAAAAGGUAAAAGAAAAGCAACCAUGCCCCAGGACUGAGCAGGCUGGACCAUGAGAAACGAAUCCAUGGGAGUGGAGCCAAGAGGCUCGGAAAUGACAGUCAGCUAAGUGAGGAGGAAUGGACCAAACAGAAAUGGCGGGAGGAAGAGUCCCAAAAGCUGUGCUGUUAAAUACUGCCCUGAGACAGGAUCUCUCUAUGUAGUCCAGCCUGGCCUUGAACUCAUGGUGAUCCUCCUGGCUCAGCCUCCCAAGUACUGAGAUUACAGAUGUGCACCAUCUGGCUCCAAAAAUCUUAAAAGAUAUCUAUAUCUAUCCAUCUAUAGAUAUAGAUAGAUAGAUAGAUAUAUCUCCAGUGUUUUCCUUGAGAAGACAGGAAAAAAGAACUGAUAGAGAAAUUAAAACAACAAAUGAAAUAGAGUUUAGAAACCAGAGCCCAAUGCUUGCCUUCUCUCUCUCCAUUCUCAAGUAUGAGAUUAAAAGGAAGAAGGAAUUUGGCCACAGUUUAUAAGAGAAAUGAGAGAGAAAACACAUUUGGGACAAGUGGAAUGAAGUUAAAAGACAGAGCCUUUGAAAAUAGGAAAUAGAAUUUGUAAAUUUUUUUUUUGAGAUGUAGUGGGGCUAAGCUGCAAUCUAAGAUUUUGCAAACAAGAGACACACUUAGUUUCCCAGUGAUUCAGUAGUUAAGACAUUCUUCUGAAUUAUAAUAAUGUGUAUAAAGUGCAUAUUGAAAUCUGGGCCCAACCUACCUGGGUUAGCGCACAUCUUACAAUAAGGAAAGAAACACGAACAGCCCUGAGGAUGAGAAUUAGAUCAGGAGGAGGAUGUAUAAGGACACACAUAUGAAUGAUUUGGGAUGCAUUUCAGCCGGAAAUUGCACAAAAUCAAAAUAUGCUACAUAACUUUCCAUCUUACUCCUAGAUUAUUCUACAGACAUCUCUCCAGGUCAGUACCUUUACCAAGGUUUUUAAAAAUAAGAUUCUGGGUCUUUUUCGGAUCUUAACUUUAUUAACAUAGAAUAUUAUCAAAAGUUCAAAUUGUCAUACAAUUAGAUUUAAAGUUGUUUUUGGUAAUACUACAGAUCAAGCCCCAGUGUGCAUUUCCACUGAGCUUUAUCCCUUGACCUUUUCUUAAGACAGGGCCUCACUAAGUUGCCCAAGUGGGGCUCAAACCUGAGAUUCUCCUACCUCAGCCUCCAAUUACAGGCGGCUGGGAUUACAGGUGUAUAUCACUGAGUCUGGUUUAGAGAUGUUUCUGUUACAAAAAUGGAUCUGCUUUCUCUUGCAUAAUGAAAUCUGUGGCAUUAGGAGAUAGCAUUUCAAGAGCAGGUAGAGAUCUGUAUGGAAAGUCUUCCCUCUCUUCUUCCAAACUGAACUUGCAAAAAGCUAAGGAGAGAGAGAGAGAGAGAGAGACAGACAGACAGGAAUCUUGAGGAGAACUGUUUCCACAGCAUACAGAAGCUACAGCAGCUGUGUGGUGAAGAAGUUGGAAGUGCGCAGUCCGCAGUGGGUUAGGGGCUCCUCUCUCCCCUGCCCCUCAGGAGGCUCAGCACACUGUGCCGGGACCUUAGGCAACACAAGGCUUCGACGGCCACCUACCGUCCUCCUAGUGGACAUGGGGUACACCUUUCUCCUACAAUGACCAUGGUCAGUGGAGGCCUUGUGUUGCAUAAGGUCUUAACAUUCCGGAAAAAAAACUAGAACGCUCCCCUUAUAAAGAUAGACAUGUUUAUUAUAAAAGUGCCAUGUUCACAUCUGUGAUAUACUAGGCCUCACAUGUGUGCAGUAGAGAUACGGGAUUAGUAAAGCUUAUCUCAACUCAACUUUAUAAUUCAGUCAAAAUCAACUGAGAUUCACUAAUGAACUUCAGGGGAGAAACUUUUCCCUUUGUUUAAUUCAAAUGAUAUUUUCUGAGCAUGAAUUUUAUUAUUUUGUGACUGUAUGGGGUAAUAUCACUUCAUUAUAAAUAAACAAAAACAGAUUGUGGGUGUUUUGAAACUAUUUAAAAGAAUAUUUUUGAACUAUUUUGUUGUGUUAUAAUCUCAAUUAAUCAUGAUUAUAAAGCUGAAAAAAUAGGAGUCACUUUUUAAUUGUUCUUGUAGGCAUAAAUUGUCUUAAAUUUACAGAAACUUUGGUUUUCUGGACACAUACAUGUUUGUGUGGGGAAGAUGCCAUGAUGUGUUCAUCACCCGACAAGGAGUUCAUAAACAGAAGCAAAAAUUAUGCCCCAUGCUUCUGUUUGUGAACCCAUUGUUUGAGAACAGAAGCAUUUGUGAGCCGAGGUACCAUGGUACAAAAUACUGAGGUCAAAUUCAAUGGUUAGGUUUAAUGUUGACCUGAUAGGGAAAUGUGAUUCGAUUCUCAUCCAGUUCAGUUUGUGAUCAGAAUUGUAGAGAGAAUUGAGUUCAUGAACCUCUGUAUCCGUACAGUCUAUACACACACAGUGGUACUUCACUUAAUCUAAGUAUUGUGCUAAGUACUGCAAGGUAGUGAAGCCUACUGUUGACUUAACCACUUUUAUGCCAAAUUAAUAACUAUAAAGUACAAAUUAUUUUCAGACAAAUUGCCAGUGGUACAUAUUAAAUGAUACAACAUUUUAAAUUAAUCAACUGUAGCGCAUAGGUGAUAGUAAAUCAUCUAAUGGGUUACUUUUUAUUAGAAUUCUUGGGAAGAGUUUAUGCCAUUAUUUCCUCUCCGAUCCCCAAACUCCCGAGCAAGUUAAGCUUUGCAAACACCCUUUUGAAUAAUACACUCUUAAUUCUACUUUUCCAAUUUGAUACUUUCGGUAUUUGUUAUAUUUUCAGUAUCAGCCAUCUGUAAACUUCUAAAUAUUUGGUUAAUCACAACACAAUUCUUACCUGGAGUAUCAAGGUGUCAUCACAAAUUAGAAAAACAAUCGGGCCGGGGAUUUAGCUCAGUGGUUCCGCCGCCUGCCUCGCAAGCGGAAGGACCCGAGUUCGAUCCCUGGUACCAAAAAAAAAAAAAAAAAGAAAAACAAUCUUACUCUCUGGAGGAAAGCAUUCACUGACAAUAUAUUUCUGUGUAUCAGUAAGAAGUUUCAUAAGAUGUUCCUGUAUUUCUAAAAUUUUAUGAACAUUUAAAAUUUUACAGCCCUGGAAUAUUAAAUAUAAUGAGUUUAUGCAAUGAGUUAAUUUUAAGAAAAAUAUCUGGAGUAUAGUACGUAAUUAAUAUAUAUCAUAAUUUAAAUUAUUUCUCUUAGAAAUAAAUUUUUAUUGAAGAGCAUAGGCAUGAUGGAUGUGAACAUUCCCUUUGGAAGUAUAGUGAACUACGCUGAGAUCUCUUAUGGUAACCUUAUAAAUUAAGGCAGGUCUAUCAGGUGACCACAUAUGCAUAUGUCAUAAUAAGGCUGGCCAUAUUACAGAAUUCCUUUUGCAGUGUUUUGGAUAAUGCCUGUCAUACUUGGUCUACCCAAGGUGUACGACACACACACACACACACACACAGAAAUAAACAUACAAACAUACAAAGGCUUUUAUAAAUAAGUGAAACAGAUUAAUCCAAGAACAGCAAUAUAUGAUGACAGUUUCUGUUGUGAACAAUGACCUAUUUGUCUUUAGGAAUUUGAAGAAACAAUGUGUUAGAACAAGUGUGUACACAAUUCAGAACAUCCAAGAGAUCUGAGAUAGUUAUAAAGCUAAGAAUAGCUUUGUUGAAUGUUUAAUGCCCUAAUGUAACUGCCAUGGAAGAAAUAAAAUGAACCAUCACCAAAUUGCUACUUUAUCGCAGUAUGGCACAAUCAGGCUGCAUCUGUAGACAGCCAAGGGAAGCAGCAACAGCACUGGCUGGUUUGGAGCACCUGUUAUAAAGGUCUAUAUUCCUGUUCAUUAAUUCCAGCAAUGUUGACCUAUAGCCACGUUC